AUGGCGCCACGCAGUUACUCCAAGACCUACAAGGUCCCUCGUCGUCCUUUCGAGUCGGCUCGUCUUGAUGCCGAAUUGAAGACUGUCGGCGAAUAUGGUCUCCGCAACAAGCGUGAGGUGUGGCGUGUCCAGCUCACCCUCUCGAAGAUUCGUCGUGCCGCUCGUGAGCUUCUCACCAUGGACGAGAAGGACCCCAAGCGUCUCUUCGAAGGAAACGCCCUCAUUCGUCGUCUGGUUCGUGUCGGUGUGCUCGAUGAGACCCGCAUGAAGCUCGAUUACGUGUUGGCCCUGAAGGUUGAGGAUUUCUUGGAGCGUCGUCUCCAGACUUGCGUCUACAAGCUCGGCCUCGCCAAGUCGAUCCACCACGCCCGUGUUCUGAUCCGCCAGCGUCACAUCCGCGUCGGCAAGCAGAUCGUCAACGUCCCUUCAUUCAUCGUCCGUCUCGACUCCCAAAAGCACAUCGACUUCGCACUCACCUCGCCGUUCGGUGGAGGACGUGUCGGCCGUGUCCGAAGAAAGAAGGCCAAGGCCGCCGAGAACAAGGACGGCGAGGAUGGUGGUGAUGACGAGGAGGAGGAGUAGAUUAUUUGAUCCCAUUAUUUUGAUUCAAUGCCUGGCGUAUGCACGGUUGCGGCGUCGAUGUGUUACGGACGG